AUGGUCAAGACAAUCCCCUUCGGUAGCAUUCAAGUUCCCUCGCCAGGCUUUGGAGCCAUGGGCCUGAGCUUCGGACUCGGCUCUGACUUGAGCCUCGAGGAAGCUGAGCCUGUUCUCCUUAAGGCAAUUGAGCUAGGCUGUACCUUCUGGGAUACCGCUGUUGUCUACCAGGCUGGAGUUAACGAGAAGCUUCUUGGUGACUUCAUCAGGAAGCACAAUGUCCGUGACAAGGUCUUCAUUGCCUCCAAGUGUGGCUUUGACGUGUUUGGAGGAGGUGGCUCAAUCACCAACUCCGCCGCGCACAUCAAGCAGUAUAUCGACGGCACUAUCGAAAGAUUGGGCUUCACCCCGGACUUGUACUAUCUGCACCGAAUUGACCCCAACACUCCCCUCACUGAAUCCAUUCCUGCUCUGGAUGAAAUCCGCCAAGCCGGAAAGACCAAGUACAUUGGACUCUCAGAAUGCUCUGCUGCGACCCUGCGCAAGGCGAACUCUAUUGCCAAGAUCGAUGCCGUUCAGGCCGAGUACUCAGCAUUCGAGACAGUGCACGAAACAGAUAACUUGAUCGAUACCGCUAAGGAGCUCGACGUCGCCUACGUCGCAUACAGUCCCCUCGGCCACGGAUGGCUGGUCGAUAACUUUGAUUACAACUCCCCCGACGACUUCUCUCCCGAUGACUUCCGCCGUAAAUCUCCCAAAUUCCAAGGCGAGAACUUCUAUAAGAACAAGGAAAUCGUGGAGGCAAUCAAGGGAAUCGCUGCUCGCAAGGGCUGCAAGAUCAGCCAAAUCGCACUCGCUUGGGUUGCUACCCAAGGAAUGAUUGCUAUCCCAGGAACUACCAAGGCCGCUCGCCUUGAGGAGAACUGGGCAUCUCGGGAUAUUGAGUUGACCGAGGAGGAACAGAAGGAGAUGCGCAAGAUCAUUGAUGCUGCUAAGCCACACGGAAACAGAUAUGGACCUGCCCACCAAGCGAUGGUUGGCCACUAG